UCUCUUUCAUUUUAAAGAGUGAGACUUCUGCUCAUUUUUGGAUCCACUACAUCCUUUGCUGAUUUCUUUUUCUACACAACACUGGACUUUCCAAACCCCCUGUGAUGUUCUGAUAUCUGGGUGAACAGGAUCAACAUCAAUAUGCACCCGUGGAGAGUCCUGUUACUGUGUGUGACUUUACUGUGGAGGAUAGAAACAGCAAAAACCCAGACGCAUGAAGAAGUGUGUCACGGUACGCAGAAUGGCCUGAGCUCCACCGGCUCUCAGGAGAAUCAGUACAACCUGAUCAAGGAUCGAUAUGACGGCUGUGAGAUCAUCAUGGGCAACCUGGAGAUCACUCAGAUUGAGAGCAACUGGGAUUUCUCCUUCCUCAAGACAAUCCGCGAGGUGACCGGUUACGUCCUGAUUGCUAUGAACCACUUUCAGGAGCUUCCUCUGAGGCAGCUACGGGUCAUCAGAGGAAACAGCCUGUACGAAAGACGCUUCGCCCUCUCGGUCUUCUUCAACUACCCCAAAGAUGGUUCCAAUGGCCUGCGGCAGCUUGGGCUCACAAAUCUGACAGAGAUUCUGGAGGGAGGAGUGCAAAUUAUAAACAACAAAUACCUGAGUUAUGGCCCCUGGGUUUACUGGCAAGACAUCAUCCGGGACAACAGUGCUCCUAUUGACAUCCAGUACAACGGAGAGAGAGGCCCAUGUCACAAAUCUUGUGGAGAUUAUUGCUGGGGGCCAAAUGUGGAUCAGUGUCAGAUCUUGACUAAGACGGUGUGCGCGCCGCAGUGUAACGGCCGCUGUUUUGGGACGAGCCCCAGGGACUGCUGUCACAUAGAGUGUGCAGCGGGAUGCAAAGGCCCUCUGGAUGUGGACUGUUUUGCUUGUCGUCAUUUCAACGACUCCGGCGCCUGCGUGCCUCAGUGUCCUCAGACUCUGAUCUAUAACAAGCAGACGUUUCAGAUGGAGACCAACCCUAAUGCCAAAUACCAGUACGGAUCGAUCUGUGUUUCUCAGUGCCCCACUCAUUUUGUGGUGGACGGCAGCUCCUGUGUGAGCGUCUGUCCUCUGGACAAGAUGGAGGUGGAGAGAGAAGGCCAGAGGCAGUGCGAGCUCUGCAGUGGACUCUGCCCAAAAGUGUGUGAAGGCACCGGUGCUGAACACAGACAGACUGUGGACUCCAGUAACAUCGACAGCUUCAUCAACUGCACCAAGAUCCAGGGCAGCCUUCACUUCCUGGUUACAGGGAUUCUUGGAGAUGAUUUUAAAAACAUCCCGCCCCUGGAUGCCAAAAAGUUGGAAGUGUUCCACACAGUCAGAGAAAUAACAGAUAUUCUAAACAUCCAGUCGUGGCCCAAAGAGCUGAAUGAUCUGUCUGUUUUUUCAAGUCUCACUACUAUUCAAGGGAGGUCGCUCUACAAGCGUCAUUCUCUGAUGGUGAUGCGCAUCCCCACUCUUACCUCACUGGGUCUGCGCUCUCUCCGCGAAAUCAGUGAUGGCAGCGUCUACAUCAGUCAGAAUGCCAACCUCUGUUACCACCACACUGUCAACUGGACGCAGCUGUUCAGAGGCCGCAGAGUUCGAGUCAACAACCUCAACAACAACAGACAGCUGGCAGAGUGUGUUGCAGAAGGCCAUGUGUGCGACCCUCUGUGUUCAGACUCCGGUUGCUGGGGUCCGGGGCCCGACCAGUGUCUCUCCUGUAGGAACUACAGCCGAAAUAGCACAUGUGUGGGCAGCUGUCGUUUUUACACCGGAGUUCCACGGGAAUUUGCAAGUCCUGAAGGCGAGUGUGUCCCCUGUCAUCCAGAGUGUAAACCACAGAGAGGAAAAACCAGCUGCACUGGACCGGGUGCAGAUGAGUGCGUGGCUUGUGCCAACCUUCGAGACGGUCCUUACUGCAUGUCUUCUUGUCCCACCGGAGUAAAUGACGGACAGAGGGGGCUGAUUUUCAAGUACCCCAACAGGGAGGGUCACUGUGAACCAUGUCACCACAACUGCACGCAGGGAUGCUCUGGCCCUGGAUUAAAUGACUGUUUACAGACUGCCAGACUAGCAGUUAGUAGUGGUCAGAUCACGGGCAUAGCUUUAGGUGUCCCAGCUGGCUUGAUUUUCUGCCUGGUGUUGUUUUUCCUCGGAGUGCUGUACCACCGAGGCCUGGCCAUUCGCCGCAAGAGAGCCAUGAGGAGAUACCUGGAGAGUGGAGAAAGCUUUGAGCCACUGGGUCCUGGAGAGAAAGGCACCAAGGUUCACGCUCGUAUUCUGAGGCCGUCGGAGCUGAAAAAAAUCAAAGCGCUUGGCUUGGGUGUUUUUGGCACAGUGCACAAGGGCUUUUGGACCCCAGAGGGCGAGACAGUGAAGAUCCCAGUGGCUAUUAAAACCAUCCAGGAUAGCUCAGGCCGACAGACUUUCACUGAGAUCACAGAUCAUAUGCUGUCCAUGGGAAGCCUGGACCACCCCUACAUUGUUAGGCUGCUGGGCAUCUGUCCAGGUGCCAGUCUGCAGCUGGUGACCCAGCUCAGCUCACAGGGCUCCUUACUGGAGCACAUCAGGCAGCAUAAGAACAGCUUGGACCCCCAGCGCCUGCUCAACUGGUGUGUGCAGAUUGCUAAGGGAAUGUACUAUCUGGAGGAACACUGCAUGGUCCACAGGAAUCUGGCAGCCCGCAACAUCUUGCUGAAAAACGACUACCAGGUCCAGAUCUCCGACUACGGUGUAGCAGACCUUCUUUAUCCCGACGACAAGAAAUACGUCUACACAGACACAAAGACACCAAUAAAAUGGAUGGCGCUUGAAAGCAUCUUGUUCCGAAGAUACAGUCAUCAGAGUGAUGUUUGGAGUUACGGGGUGACAGUGUGGGAGAUGAUGUCAUUCGGGGCGGAGCCGUACGCAUCUGUGCAGCCUCAGGAAGUUCCCAGUCUGCUGGAGAAGGGCGAGCGUCUGUCCCAGCCCCACAUCUGUACUAUAGAUGUCUACAUGGUCAUGGUUAAAUGCUGGAUGAUUGAUGAAAACAUAAGACCCACCUUUAAAGAACUGGCCAGUGACUUCACUCGCAUGGCAAGAGACCCACCUAGAUAUCUUGUCAUCAAGCUGGACGGAGAAGAAGCUGCCCCAGACGAAAUCCAUCGGAGAGAGUCAGAGCGAGGACUUCUGGAUGCAGAUUUAGAAGACAACGAUGAGGAGGGAUUGGAGGACGGUUUGGCUACACCUCCUCUUCAGCACUCCCCUUCAUGGAGUCUGUCUCGAUCGCGGAUUAAUUCAUACAGAAGUGGCGCCUCUCAGGCCGGACCAACUGGAUACCUGCCAAUGACCCCGAGUCCUGCAGACAGCCUUCGCCAGCUUUGGUUCCAGAGGUCUCGUCUGAGCUCAGUCCGGACGCUGCCCGAGAGGUCAGAGGUCAGGGGAGCUGGCAGGGAGGCAGAGGACGGUUUACGGACUGUUAGUCUUCACAGGGCCAGGUUCGGCUCAGAGAGGAGCAAUCCUCGUAUGCCCGUCAGCCGACACAGGAAGCUUUCAACGGCCUCGAGUCCGUCCUCAUACAAGGUGUGGACGGCGGAUGAAGAGGAGGAAGUCGACCACUACGGCUACGUCCUGCCUGGGUCACCUGGUACACCAGAAAGAGCCUCCAGAAUCUCUCAAUCUGCCCGAAGAAACUCGAGACUCAAGAAUAACCUUCGUCUCGUGGUGAUAAAUCCUGCACAGGAAUAUGAAAUCAUGAACAAAGAUGCUCCUCCUUGCUCAACCAGCAGCAUGUUGUCACAGGGAGACGACCUUACGGUGGCACUCUGUCGGAGAAUCUCACCUUUACCCUCUCCAACCCUCGCGGCUUUAUUACCUGCAGAAGAAAAGGCACAUGAAGAAACUCUGACAUCAACGUCAGCUGUAAGGAGUAAGCAAGUCCAUGAGCCUUGUGAAGGAACUGUAGCAGAGCGAAGAGACUCGACAGAGAAACAACAGCUCAACAGAGACUUUACUGCUGAAAUCAAAGCUGUGGAUGACCAAGGAGAUGCAGGCCAAGGGAUUGGCAGGUAUGAAUACAUGGACAUCAGGCGCUGCGACUCUACAGAGGGAGAUGAACCGCAAUGGGAGAGACAAACAUCUGCACAGAGUGAAGCAGAGACAGAGGAAGAGGAGGUGUUGAAAAAAGAGCACAAGGAGGAAGAGGAAAAGGAGAAGUGCCACAACACAAACAAACAAGCCAGUCUUCAGGGGAACCCGAGCAGCAUGAUCGAGCCCGGGCCAGAUGUGCUGACAGCGAGGGGAGAGAAGCUGGAGGAGUACGAGGAGAUGACCAGAUUUAGAGUCGUGCCUGGUGGGUGGGAGCACACAGAGUACGAGAACCUCCCAGUGAAGGGGAGGGAUGUUUCUGAGGAGAUGGGCAGCGGCAGGUGUGCGGGGAUCGGGGAAUACAUCAAGGUGUGUGCUGGCGUGGGGGAACCUGGCAGCAACACAUCAUUUGACAACCCAGACUACUGGCACAGCAGGUUGUUCCUGAAGCCAGAUGCUGUACGCACCUAAUAAUGUGGCCUGGGACAGAGAGGCUGUAACUGCAGCAGUUACUGAAAUUCCUGUCAGAAAUUUUGAUAUAAUUUUGGAAUGUUUUCCACUUUUUUACUGAGUUCCUUGCAUUCAAAAUUUUUUUUAAGGAGAAAAAAAUGUUAAAUGAAGUGUACCAAAUUAUUAUUACACAGUUUUGUACAGUAAAUGAUACAUGGAUCCAAUAGUAAGAUGGUACAGAACCAUCAUAAAAGCUAUUGCUGGUUGAUCAUGUUUGAAUGUCAAAGUUGAAAGCAUCUUGUUUCAUUGUUACAAAUGCGUAAAUUGUAGCAGUAAUGUGAGAAGACCUGUUUCUGUUGUCUGUCUUUUUAUAUUAACAUGAAUUAUUAUAAAAAUUAUAUGAUUAUUUCUCAAGUUGCCAGUCUUUUGUAGCGAUGUGUUGUGUAAAGCAGUCUCUCUCUUUUUUUUUUACAUUGUCUUUGUGUCUUUAUAAAGUAAAACAAUGAAAUAUUGAUUUAUUUUUAAAAA